AUGUCCGGUUUCAGCAGCUCAGACAUGAAUGUGGUUUUCCCGCUUAAACUAAUCAAUUGGUCUUUGGACGGUUCCGAUGUUGAAUCAACGACAACCCCGAUAUUAUUGCAGGACCAAAAUGGACCAUGCCCUCUCGUGGCCUUGGUCAAUACGCUUGUCUUGCAAUUUGAUUUUAGAACUUCACAAGUGGACGCGGUCAAUCUCAGUCAGUCCCAGACACAUGACGAAGCUGUGACAAACUUGAAGUCAAAACUAUUCACUCAUUUUCACAACUCAUCAUCAAUAGGAUUGGGUGAUAUCUUGGGGCUUGUGGCUGAUUUGCUUUUGGUGUACUCAGAAGACAAUAUUCUGCACGAGAUAGUUGAUAACAUCUUGAAACAGUUGCCAAAGCUACAUACAGGUCUCGAUGUUGACCCUAAUUUGACGAAUGGGAACUUCGCCCAAGAUUUGGCAACCACUUUAUUUGAUAUUUUUGAUUUGAAGUUUAAACAUGGGUGGAUAAUUGGAGAUGCAGAGUCUGGGUAUGCUGAUGAUGAGUCGAUCGAACACACCUUUUCAAUCUUGCGUGAAUUGCAAACGUUUGACAAGGUACAGGACUAUCUACUUUUACCUGAUCUGGACCCGGCCGUGGCUGAGAACCAGCAACAUAUUCGACAAUGGUUGGAUGCGACUUGCUCGCAACUAACACUGGAAGGACUUUUAAAAUUGGAUCAUGAUUUACCAUCGCCACAAUUUCUCAUUUUUUUCAGAAACAAUCAUUUCAAUACACUACUCAAAAAGUCGAGGAAUGAGUUUUACUUACUCGUUACAGACUCCUCAUUUCAAUCGAAAAGUGGGAAACUAGUUUGGCAAAGCUUAAAUUCAGUUUCAGGCGGUGGUGAUAUAUUCUUUACCGGAGAUUUCAUGCCAGUUUUGGACAUUGAGCAAGACAUUGGCCAAGAGGAAGAAACUCUCGAUUCCGAUUUGAUAUUGCUGAGACAAUUACAAGAGGAGGAGGAUGCGGCCAUGGCCCGCAAGAUGCAAGAAAAGUAUGAGAAAAGAAAGACACGGCAGUCGAACAAAGUGGUAAGUACCACAGAGAACAAGGAGACAAAAGCGCCUAACAAAGUUGCCGAAGAGAAAAAGAAGAAAAAGUUUUUCAGUUUUCUUAGUCGUAAAUAA